AAAUUGAGUUCAUUUUGUAACGGUACUGCGUCUAUACGGGAGUGUCCAUGAAAAGUCGGACAAACAGGCUAGCGAGAAUGAUAAGCAAUUGACAAGUGGACGAUUUGUUCGAGUAGUGGAUAAUGUAGGUCGAGUAGCAAUUUGUUUUGGAUAUUAAAUGUGGAAUUGUGGACUGAACAAUCGGCAGUCUGGUGUCGCUCGUGUGUAAAAAUUUAUGCUGAACUCAGUAUUGUUACCGUUGGUUAAGUGGCUUCCCUCUGUGUGUCGCGAUGGCUGAGGCUGCAGGUGCCGCGAGCAGUAAUCCCAACGCGGAGAUCAUUCGGGGCCAGGUGUUCGAAGUAGGGCCCAGAUAUACGAAUCUGCAAUACAUCGGCGAAGGCGCCUAUGGCAUGGUUGUAUCCGCGCACGACAAUAUAAAGAAAACUAAAGUUGCCAUCAAGAAAAUAUCACCGUUUGAGCACCAGACUUAUUGUCAGAGGACGCUAAGGGAAAUCAAAAUCUUGACUCGGUUUAAGCAUGAAAAUAUAAUCGACAUCCGAGACAUUUUAAGGGCUGAAACCAUAGACUCAAUGAAGGAUGUUUACAUCGUACAAUGUUUAAUGGAAACAGACCUUUACAAAUUGUUAAAAACACAGAAACUAAGCAACGAUCACAUCUGUUACUUCCUGUAUCAAAUCCUCCGCGGGCUGAAGUACAUACACUCGGCAAAUGUUCUGCACAGAGACUUGAAGCCUUCCAACUUGCUACUUAACACAACGUGUGAUUUGAAGAUUUGCGACUUCGGUCUGGCACGUGUAGCUGAUCCAGAUCAUGACCACACUGGCUUCCUUACCGAAUACGUGGCGACUCGGUGGUACAGGGCGCCGGAGAUUAUGCUUAAUUCCAAGGGUUACACCAAAUCGAUAGACAUCUGGUCGGUAGGGUGUAUUCUCGCGGAGAUGCUGAGCAACCGGCCCAUAUUCCCGGGCAAGCACUACUUGGACCAGCUGAACCAUAUCCUCGGUGUGCUCGGCUCGCCUAGCCAGGAGGAUCUUGACUGUAUUAUCAACGAAAAGGCUCGAGGCUACUUGGAGUCUUUGCCGUAUAAGCCUCGGGUGCCAUGGGCGGAGCUCUUCCCGGGCGCCGAUCCUCGCGCACUCGACCUGCUUCACCGCAUGUUAACCUUCAACCCACACAAGCGCAUCACCGUCGAGGAGGCGCUUGCGCACCCCUACCUCGAACAGUACUAUGACCCCAACGAUGAGCCCGUGGCGGAGGAACCGUUCCGAUUCGCGAUGGAACUCGACGACCUUCCCAAAGAGACACUCAAGAAGUAUAUCUUUGAGGAGACCUUACUAUUCAAGAAACUCAACGAAGACGCGUAGACGAGGUGUCGCCGGUCGUCGCCUCGGCCGAGGGGAGGUUCGUCGCAUGCGAGCUCUGUGCUCCGACCGCGGGCUCAUGGUGGCCGUCACACGUCACGCCAUCGCUGCAUACAUUGCAUCAUCGAUACAUAUAUCUUAUCUACCGUGCUUUGCGAUUAACCCAGUAACAAAUAAUUCCUAAGAAUAUUUGUUGAAUGUUGUAACUUUAAGGAUAACAUAAUGUUUAUUAUUACGAUAACAGGAAAAUUUGCGGAAUACAGAACUCGCAUGCAAAUGUGACGCAACCCAGGUCUAAUUAUGUGGAUAUGAUGAUGUGGCUUCAAGUUAUUCAUCGACCGUGGUUGUAAGCCAAAGGUGAAUAGUUUACCAUCGUGUCGUUUUACGUUAAUUUUUGUAUGCGAAUUUGUGAACUCGCUAGGGCGUGAGAACUGGGUUCUUAUAUUUUUUCAAUGAAAUAUAUUUAACGGAACUGGAAUUAUUACUUAGUUGUUAUAACAUAAUAACACAUCAACAUCGAUCAAGUUUUGGAUAAGAUUAAAUUUGUGGUUUAUUAGGUAGGUACCCGGUUUUCACGCUCUUUAAUAUACAACAUUGUGGUCUUGGAGCGAAGAACUGUUAGAACGUUAUCAUUUUGCAAGUGACAUGUAAUAAUUCAGAGCCAAGGUCACCGGGCACUGUUGACUAUUUCUCAAAUGAUUUUACCGUAAUAUUGCCGCAUUGCGGGUUACGAAAAUACACUACCACAUCUUAAGCAUUACUUCGCUUCACGAACAUAAUGUUUUGUGCGCUGCAAUGCUUCAUGACCCCUAUUUUUCGGUCAGUGAACGGAGAACGUGUCUCGACUCUGAGCCUAACUUUAAAAAAAGAACGAUAAAAUCCAAAUGUUUGUAUUCUACGCUGAAACGGGGCUUUCAAAGCGCAGUCUCUACUUUUAAUUUCUUAGGCAUAGUCGCUAUCAAAAGCGAACGAUAAAGUAUUUUUGUGGCGGUAUAAUGCAUAAUAAUAAUUUUCUUAUUUUAAAACUGCCAAAAUAUAUAAUAAAAAUUAUGAUUCGUCGCUUCGUUAUUAUGAUUCAAAUAUUCGGAAACUUGACGUCUGAACGUAGAUUUGUGUUCUGAAAUAUCGUAUCGGUAUGAUUGGUCAGAGAGUUCAGAGUAGUCGUAAUAGGUAUAUAUUAAUGCGUAGCAAACUUAUAGUAUACUAGAUAGGUCUUUUCUGAAAUUUAUAAACGUUAAACAUACCUAGUCGUACAAGUUGUAAAUUGUGAUGCUCGAUCAUUGUGUUGACGGGGAUCGAUGUCAUCGUAGGUAUUCUGCAGUAUUACAGUGUCGAUAUGAGACGUAUGAGGUACCGACGACACUCGCGAUGGGGCCGCGCGCUCGCAUCGCGACAUCUAUCGGAUGGAAGUGGAUCCAGAGUGGCAUUCAGAGUUUGUAUUGAAGCGUGUCAAGUGACGCGUACCAGACUGCUGGAGCGUUACAGCACGUCACAGUGCGCGGAGAAACGAUGUAAAUGUUUGGCGCGAACAUUGCGCGCGGAUAGCGUGGACAGCUAGCGGUGCCGGUGUUGGACAGCCGAUGUAAAUAUUUUUACAUUUCGACUUAAUGUAUUUUAAAGUGUCACCGAAUAAUAAUUUCAAGCACCACGUUAUUAUUCAUCAAUUCUAAUGUGAUUUACUUACGAAUAAAUGUACUUUCUCUUUAGAUCGAGGUGUUCGUUGGAAAACUUGCGUUUCAAUGAUUUUGUAAUAAUAAUUAUCGUCUUCCUUGUAUUUGCAUGUUAGCGCACAAGAUAAUUUUAGAAUAGUUAUUCUUCAUAUCAGAUAUUUUAAAGAGAUGUUUAUAGAUUAAAAUUAAGUUGAUUGUGCGAUGAAUAAUGUGGUCGCCGUAUCAAGUUUUUCAACGAACGAGUGCGGGCGAGACCGCGCGCCGCGACCGGCUUGCGGCGGGUCGCGACUAUUGUUACACUUCGUUAUUGUCUAUAAGAUGUUGUUAGGACGAGUCCACGUAGUGUCGGAUACUGUGCGGUUCUCACUACAGUUUGGCCGUCAAUCUACUUCUCUACUAAGACUUGAAUACCGUUGUUUGUUGAAAGUAUUACGGAGAACUUUAGCUGCUAAACUUUUUUCAUUUAAUUUUAUAUAACAGUCGAAAGUUGUUCGUUGGACGAGGACAUGUUGUAGAUCUCAAGAUCUUGCUAUACGUACUAUAAAUAAAAUAACAAAUAAAUUGUGUUGUAUAUUAUAAAAUCAUCGCUUCGCGCGGUUGUGGCUAUGUUCACGGGGAGGCUGCGGCAGGUGCGUUAACGUUUGAAUUAUUAAUGGGAAAUGUGGAGCAUGACGGCACUUGAUAUAAUCAAAACAGUUCGACCACGAACAAUAAUGGCGGUUGACGCAAAAUUCAAUUUGAAAGGGAAAUAGUGCAGCGCCUGCGGCUCGCCACCGUGAGCGUAGUGACAGCUCCAUCAGGAUAGUGCCGCAUUUAUUGUACCAUCAACAUGAUAUCGAGUGUUCUUUUAAUCUAAAACCAAAUAAAGUACCUUGUUUGCGAGGCAAUAAGUCUAUUUGUACAGUUCUUUUUCUAAUUUCAUUUUCAACGUAAGGAAUGCUUUGGAAUAUGUAAUAUCAACUGUAUUUUUAGAUCAUACGCCAAUGAUUUGUAAAAAGACAAGCUUAUUUAUAGUGGCUAGUGUUUUAACUAAGUGGAAAUCGUCUCACUGACUGUCUAAAUAACUUGUUAAAUGUUUUCAUUGUUUAGAUUGUACCCUUUAUUGUGUCUAGAACAAAGGUAUUGUGUAUUAUUUACAAAGUCUUAGCUACGUCGAAUGUUGUGGUACACGAAUGUCUAGUGCAAUAAACCUCGGAUAUACGCGACUUUUGACCCACGAUCCUUUGUUUCUAGACAUGUAUGACGCAUAUUUCAACCAUAGUUUAAUAAACAUAGCAACUUACAGGAUCGAGCGAAUGAAUUUUCCGCAGUAACGUAAUGUUAUUAAAAAUGGUUGCAAAUAUAAUAAAAAUAAAACCUAUUUCGCCCCAUGAAACAAGUUAAUGUGGAGUAAUGUGGGGAAAUAGGCAGUUUGAAUGUCUCCAAUAACACACGUGACUUCCCUUGCUAGUUAGUUUUCUAUACAACCUCUAAAACCAUAACACCAGAGUACUAGCGUGUAUUUAUUGUUAAAAUAUGAGUGUUGCCAUAUUUUCUUAAGUCAUUAUGUACAAAUUGGAUAUUGUAAGAUCAUUUGUUAUCUGUCAACAGUUGAAUAUUACGAAAAUAAAUCAAAUCAAAUGAGGUUA